AUGUCGCUCAAAGAACUCAAGGAACAAUUCGUCUCCGACUUGACGGGUGGCUCUAUGUCAGAAAUAUAUAGCGUGACGGGAAUUGCACUAGCUAGCGUGUUUCUGCAUACAUUAGUUACCCAAUGGUUGAUUCCUCAGCUUUCCAUCCUCCAGAACCAACCAAUUCCAUUUCUCGUGGAUUUCUAUUACUCCGUGGUGCUUCAAUUGCAGGCUCUAACCAUUUUCAGUGAUAGAACUACCCUCCUUUAUGCCUAUGCCCUUGCUGGAGGGUUACUUCUGUUUGUGGUACGGGUAUUCGGGCCACAAUCCAACAAGAAAUCUGCAAAAAACCGUUCUUCCAAAUCUCAGAAUGAGGCUAAACUCAAAAAGUCCGAUGAUCUUCUCGGCAUUGUGCCCUUCAUUACUGCUUACCGAUCACAGAUGAUCGUCAUCACCAAUUUGGCAAUUCUCGCUGUCGAUUUCCAUAUUUUCCCACGUCGUUUCGCAAAGGUUGAAACUUGGGGAACUUCGUUAAUGGAUCUCGGUGUAGGUCUGUUUGUUUUUUCUAUGGGUCUAGCCAACUCCCGUGCCGUAAUCAAGAAAAGCAUCUCCAAGGGUACAAAGACGGACUCGUAUUUUGCUCUAGUUGGUAGAAGCACCAUGAAGGCAUUACCAGUACUCGCAUUGGGACUCAUCAGGCUUGUGAGUGUGAAAUCGUUGGAAUAUCAGGAGCAUGUCACCGAGUAUGGUGUCCACUGGAACUUUUUUAUGACAUUGGGGAUUCUACCAAUUUUCAUGGGAAUCUUGGACCCAAUCCUAGAGGCCGUGCCUCGUUUUUUCGUGGGCUUGGGCCUUGCAGCUCUGUAUGAGGUCCUCUUGCAGAAAUUCGGGGUCUCUCAGUUCAUUCUUGAUGAAACUAAUCGUUCCACAAAUUUGUUCACUAUGAACAAAGAGGGAGUAUUCUCAUUUUUGGGAUACCUGAGUAUUUUUAUUUUGGGACAAUCCUUCGGUUCAUUCGUGCUUACCCUGAGAAAGACACCCAACAAUCUUUUGGGAAUGAACUUCGGAAAGCGUCCAUAUGCUUUUCUCACAGUGUCACCAAGACAAGGCCUUGCUAUAAUGACCAUUGUGUCAUGGUCUCUCUUCAUGUGGGCGCGCGAGUCUGUACUUGUCGGCAGUGUUUCAAGACGCUUGGCCAAUCUAGCAUAUGUCUUAAUGGUUCUCAGCUUCAACUCGAUCUUCUUAUUGGGAUACAGUUUGCUCGAAGACGUUCUUGGUGCUGCUGACCUGGACAUUUUAGGUGCCAUCAACCAAAACGGCUUGGCGGUGUUCCUUCUCGCUAACCUCUGCACUGGAAUGAUCAACAUGUCCAUCAACACAUUAGAUGCUAGCCGCGGAAUGUCGUAUGCAAUUUUGAUAUUUUACCUGUUGGCGUGGGUUCUCGUAGCCAAAAUUUUGGCACACUAUAAGAUCUUCAUUCGUUUAUGA